GCUAAAUUAUUAUAUGGUUCUUAAAAGCUGGCAUUCUUAGUCAUCUUCAAUCUUCAUCUUUCACCUCUUUCUCUCUCUAUAUAUCUCUCCCGUAUAAUUUGGGUGUAUAUAUAUAUAUAUAUAUAUUAAUAUUAAUAUAUAUAUAUAUAUAUAGAUAAAGAUUUCUUUGUACGAUAGGAAGAAUAAAAAGACCCACAAAAGAUUAAAUAAACUUUCAUGUGAUAAUGGACGGCGGCGAUCAUCAUCUUCACCGGCCAACAAAUUUCCCAUUCCGUUUAUUAGAAAAAAAAGAAGAUCUCGAACCUUCAUGUUCAACAUCAAUCUCCACCGCCGCCGCUUCUUCAUCCGCCGUCGUUCUCGCCGGAGAAUCUUCCGACAAGAAACCGCCGCCAAAACGAAACUCCACUAAAGAUCGCCACACAAAAGUCGACGGCCGUGGACGCCGGAUCCGUAUGCCUGCACUCUGCGCCGCUAGGGUUUUUCAACUGACAAGAGAACUAGGUCAUAAAUCAGACGGCGAAACCAUCGAAUGGCUUUUACAACAGGCAGAACCGUCAGUUAUAGCUGCCACCGGCACCGGAACAAUUCCGGCGAACUUCACUUCACUUAAUAUCUCUUUAAGAAGCUCUGGUUCAUCUAUGUCGGUUCCAUCUUAUCUUCGAUCAUCUUAUUUUAAUCAAAAUUUCUCAAAUAUAACGCAGAAUCAAAGGAGGAAUACACUUUUUCCGGCGAUUGGAUUAUCCCCUUCUGAUAAUUCUCAAUCAUCUAUGCUUAAUUUUCAAAUGGGUAAUCAGGGUAUUAUUAAUAACCCGAUUAUGAAACCUGAGUAUCAUCGAGGAGAGAGUCCGAAUCAAGAUUUAUCAGAUAAACGUCGAUCAAACUCCGACCCAUCGCCGGAAAUUUCUCAACAACAAAUGGGUAGUUAUUUGUUGCAAUCCACAACCGGAUCUAUGCCGGCAAGCCACUCUUCAAUUCCGGCGAAUUUUUGGAUGGUGGCAAAUUCAAACAAUCAAGUAAUGAGUGGAGACCCAAUUUGGACUUUUCCUACUGUCAAUAAUAGUGGCUUAUAUAGAGGAACAAUGUCAAGUGGUUUACAUUUUAUGAAUUUUCCGGCGCCGGUUACCCUUUUGCCGUCACAACAACUGGGUAUGGGGCUAGGCAGCGGCGGCGGCGCCGACGAAGAAGAUGAAGAAAACAACCAUCAUAAUAACAACAAUGGAAACAAUAUUUCGUAAACCCUAUUUUAUAAAUGAAGGAUCUUGAUCAAAAAAACAAUCCGACCAGGUGACCAGGUGACGAUUUGAAGAUUGACAAUAUACGGCUAGUCAGAUAAACUGACCAAGAAAUAUCAUCAAAUUUGCGAGGUUUGGUUUUCUUAAAAGAAUUCAUGUUUUUUUUUCAAGAAUUUUGUUUUGUGUGAUUAAUUAAUGUGAGCCUCUUUGUUUGGUUUUGGUAUUUUUACUUUUAGGGUUUGGAUGAGAGACUAUUAUAUUAUUUGACAAUGGCUUAUUCAUGAGUUCUUCUUUCAUAUUAUAUAUCAUUAUUUCACAAUUUGUGUAAACUUAUUU